AUGGACAUAGAGAGGAGGCUGAGGAAAAGAAGGUCCAGGGAUAGGCCCUACAUGGGAUCUAGCACAAGGUGGAGACCUGUACAAGGAGUACCUCGACUUUUCUAUACGGAACCCCUUGUGAAGGCAGACAUGGGUGGAUUAGAGCGAACCUUGCUGUGCCAAGGUCCCGUGGAACUCACAAGGGGCACGAAAACAAACAGACGACAUCUGUCCUUAUUUGAUGACGUUUUAGUAGUAUCUAGUAACCUGAAUAAGAAAAAAUUUAAAAUAAAAUAUAUCCUACCACUGAAUAACCUGUGGGCUGUGGAUAAUGUGGAACUAGUCAGAAAAAAUGAAACCUCUCCUUGCAAGAACCUUUUCCUGUUUUGGCCAGAUGGCAAUUUUUUGGCUUCCUUUCGUUCGAUUGAACAGAAAGAUCACUGGUAUUAUUUUCUCAGAAGAUCCAUUGACGCAGCCAAGAUGGAUAUGAAGAAGCCAUUCUCACUUAAGAUAUUCACCGAAGACAUCCCAACCUGUGACAAUAACAGUGAAGAUUUCGAACUAUGGUUCUGCCCUGGCCAUGAGGAAGCUCCUAGAGCACUGCACGGCUAUGAGUGUCCACAUAAAGUUUUAAUGAAUCACCUUCAAAUUAACUUGGGUAGAUGGAAGUCAAAAAUUUCCACAGCUUUUCCCAUCUUGCCUGGGUUAUUUGUGAAAGACUUCAACAUGGAUGAGGAGGGCCAAUUUAUAUUAAAGCCCCGAAACCCAGCUAGAAUCCAGCAGCAAAGUAAUGAUGUCAUCUUGUCCUUAGAUGAAAAGGAAAGACCUCGUAAGACAUCUUGUUUCCACAGGGCCUCUGUGCCCCAACGGGACCAAAUGUGUACUGACCCAGAAGUUAAAAAGACAGGACAACUAUUUGGCAAACAACUGAGUUACAUUUGUCCCAAUGGAAAAUGGCCCCAAGCAAUUCUGGACAUACUGUACCGAUUAAGAGAAAAAGGCCCCACCACACGAGGCAUCUUUGCUAAAUCUCCCAAUGAGACAUCGUGUAAAACUCUAAAAGACAAAUUGGAUAAUGGUGAAGUGGUAGAUAUAAAAAAUUACUCGCUUCAUGACGUGGCCUGGAUCCUGAAGGAGUUUCUACGACGUAUUAAAGGCACUCUAAUGACUGCCCAGUUAUAUGACAAGUGGCUUGCAGUUCCACAAAAGGCCAACCACAAAGAAAAACUGACAGCAGUGCGGAGUCUCCUAGAUGAACUUCCCGCGCCAAAUGCUGCUCUUUUGGGCCAACUCUUUAGGAUUUUACACAAAAUUUCAAAAAAUGCUUCUUUUAAUCUAAUGUCAGCUCAAAAUCUCUCGGCUGAGAUAGCUCCCUACAUUUUAUGGAUGCCUACCUACCGCAAUAAGGUUCUGGCAAAUUAUAUCACUGAAAAGAUUUCUCUCGUAACAUUUUUGAUAUCAAAUGCUCUCCAAAUAUUUGGACUUGAUGUUGUUGCAGUGUGUUAUGAAACAUCGUUUUUUAGUCCAACUUGUACAAAUACCUCAUGUGCCCAUAUUUCUCCAUCUAUUAUCAACAAAGGAAAGGAAACAGAACGUGGAAUCAACACCUGCCCCAGUGAGAGAACAUACAGCCCAGGCCAUGGGGCACCAGCAAUGACUCCAUUGGUUCCUCCACUUCAUGAGGGCAAUAUAGAGAGUGCCGUGGAGCUGGAGGACCGGAAGGCAAGCCUCAGGGGACGCAGGGAGUUUUCUGGGUACUGCCUUGCACCUGCUGGAGCUUUGCGGCAUCGGUUUACAAUGUGUUCCCUGCAAGCACGGGCAACACAGGAUCCCCUGGAAGCCAUAAGCCGUGUUUUGGAUCCUUGCACCUUUGAAGAACUCUGGGGAACUGCCACAAACCCCUCCAACCGAAACUGA